AUGGGUGUGAACGGGUUCUGUGGUGCGGCAGCUGCUGCUGCUGCACAUCCACCCCAUCCCCCUUCCCUUCCCCCAUCCCCCGUCCCUUCCACGUACCCCCCUUCCCACCCCCCAUCCCCCUUUCCCUUCCCUUCCCCCAUCCUCUCUCCCUUCCCCGCAUCCCCCUUCCCUUACCCCAUCUCCCUUUCCCUUCCCCCAUACCUCUCUCCCUUCUCUGCAUCCCCCUUUCCCUCCCCCCGUCCCCUUUCCAUUCCGCAUCUCCCUCUCCCUUCCCGCAUCCCCAUUUCCUUCCGCGUCUCCCUUUCCCUUCCCCCAUCCCCUUUCCCUUCCCCGCAUCCCCUUUCCCUUACCCCAUCUCCAUCUACCUUCCCCCAUUCCUCUCUCCCUUCUCCGCAUCCCCCUUUCCCUUCCCCUAUCUCAUAUUCCUUCCCCGCAAUCCCCCAUCCACUUUCCCUUCCCCAUCCCCCUUUCCCUUCCCCAUCCCCCAUUUCCUUCCGCCCUUUCCUUUCCCUUCCCGCAUCCCCUUUCCCUUCCCCGCAUCCCCUUUCCCUUACCCCAUCUCCAUCUACUUUCCCCCAUUCCUCUCUCCCUUCUCCGCAUCCCCCUUUCCCUUCCCCCAUCUCAUAUUCCUUCCCCGCAAUCCCCCAUCCACUUUCCCUUCCCCAUCCCCCUUUCCCUUCCCCAUCCCCCAUUUCCUUCCGCCCUUUCCUUUCCCUUCCCGCAUCCCCUUUCCCUUCCCCGCAUCCCCUUUCCCUUACCCCAUCUCCAUCUACUUUCCCCCAUUCCUCUCUCCCUUCUCCGCAUCCCCCUUUCCCUUCCCCCAUCUCAGUUUCCUUCCCCGCAAUCCCCCAUCCCCUUUCCCUUCCCCAUCCCCCUUUCCCUUCCCGCAUCCCCAUUUCCUUCCGCCCUUUCCUUUCCCUUCCCGCAUCCCCUUUCCCUUCCCCGCAUCCCCUUUCCCUUACCCCAUCUCCAUCUACCUUCCCCCAUUCCUCUCUCCCUUCUCCGCAUCCCCCUUUCCCUUCCCCCAUCUCAGUUUCCUUCCCCGCAAUCUCCCUAUCCCUUCCAACCACACCCUUUCCCUUCCCCAUCCCCCUUUCCCUUCCCCCAUCCCCUUUCCAUUCCGCAUCUCCCUUUCCCUUCCCCCAUCCCCUUUCCCUUCCCCGCAUCCCCCUUCCCUUCCCCCAAGCCUCCCUCCCUUCCUCCCUUGACAGGACGCACGGGAAGGAGGAAGGGACAAGUCAAGACAUUCCAAACUCCAGUGUGAAACGAAGGCCACACUUACGUGCUGGUUCUUUUUCGUAUGUAAAUUCACUAGAAGUAGAAGCCUCUAUUCUAGUUUCCCUACCAUAUCUCGACCUAUAA